UGCCGCGUUUCCACCGACAUUACCAGGAACUUUUCUCCCAGGAACUUUUCUACCAGGAACUUUUUUGUCCCCCCAGACCCGUUGCCUUCUGCGUUUCCACCGCGGUCUAAAGUACCGGGAAGAUUAUGCUAAUUUGUCCGGUGACGUAGUAUUGCGUGCGACUGCUUCUUCUUGUCAGGUACAGACCGUAAUCAUUCUUGCGCGACAGAAAAGGUAGAAUGGAUGAGAUCCAAGGAGUGCUGCUUCUGCUCAUGUUGUAUUGGUUUACUCAAGAAAUGAUGAACCAAACGGCAGAAAAAAGACGAGCACUGAUAGUAAAGCGUAUCCAGAAAGCUCGUAAUGCUCGAUACAAAACGAGACAACGUGUCUUAUCAGCAAUUGCCGACAUCGACCGUGAGAUGGCUGGGACUAACGCGCGACAUCGAGCAGAAAGAACAAGAUUGAUUUGCGAGUACUAUCGAAUACGUCGCGUUGCGCCAUCAGUUUGGGUACACAAUAGAACAACUGCGUGGUGGGACAGCGUGGUUUCGACUUUCACCGAGGCCCAGUGGAUAAAGAAUUUCCGGAUGUCUAAAGAUACUUUUAUGUACCUCUGUCGUCGAUUGCAACCUCAACUGGAGAGACAAGACACAAACUACAGACUUUGUAUAACCAUCGAAAAAAGAAUCGCCAUUGCACUGUGGAAACUAGCAACCAACUCCGAGUACAGAAGCAUCUCUCAUUUAUUUGGAAUUGGAGUUGCUACUGUGUGUCGAUGUGUUCAUGAUUUUUGCUCCGCUGUCGAGAAAGUACUCAUGCCAGAAGUUAUUAAAUUACCAAACAGUGAAAAGUUAAAAGAAAUGGCUACAUAUUUUGAACGCAGAUGGGGGUUGCCACAGUGUGUAGGUGCAAUUGAUGGGUCACAUAUCCCCAUUCUUGGACCUGAGGACUACCACACAGAGUACUUCAACCGAAAGGGCUGGCAUUCGAUCAUCCUGCAGGCUGUUGUAGAUGGAAGGGGACUUUUUUGGAAUGUUUUUGUUGGAGCACCAGGCAGCCUGCAUGAUGCCAGAGUGCUGCGUUUGUCAGGUUUGUGGGGACUAGUUGAUAGGGGUUUGUUACUACCUGAUGUAACAAAAAACAUUUGUGGACAUGAUGUGGGAUACUUUGUCCUUGGUGAUGCAGCUUAUCCUUUGAAGAGCUGGCUGAUGAAACCUUUUACUGACAACGGACAACUGACACCCCAAAAAAUUGUGUACAAUCAAAAAACAAGCAGAGCCAGGGUGGUGGUGGAGAAUGCUUUUGGCAGACUAAAAGGAAGAUGGAGGUGUUUGCUAAAAAGAAAUGACUGCAGUACGCACAAGGUCAAAUCCCUGGUGAUAGCAUGUUGUGUUCUGCAUAACCUUUGUGAAAUGAAUGGUGAUGAGUUCAGGGAAGAAUGGGUGACAGGUGCAUUAAACCAGCCUGAUGGUGCUCAGUCAGCCACUGUAGAGGCUGAGGGACUAGAUGCACGCACAGCUCUAAUGCAGUUUUUGACGACAACAUAGUAAGCUGCAGUAUCACUGCAAUGUAAUGUGAACAGCUGUGAUGUGCCUUGUGUUCAUGCUGAUAAACCUGUAAUACAACAUUGCAACAAAAGCAGUGUACAACUUUCUUCUAAUAAAUUCAAUUUACUAAAA